AUGUCGAGUCUAAUACAGUCAGAGCCGGACGACUCGUCUACAUCUACAUCUGCGGCGUCGUCCAUGGUGUCUUCACAGGAUAAGGUGAUUGAAGAAACCGGGGCAGAAGAGAAGAUCCCGCUAUCUACAUCGAUAUACAUGGAUAAAGUGAAUCGACCCAUUGAAAUAGAGCCUGAAGAAAAGAUAAGUAUUAGAUUUCAGUCAAUUGGAUCUACUCCCAAGAUAACGCCUAAUAAUUUCAAAAUCACUCGGAAACAGAACGUUAGUACUUUGAUUAAGUUUAUGGUUAAGAGAUUGAGAUUAAGACAGCAAUCGAUAUAUUUAUAUAUACAAAACAGUUUCCAACCGACCCCCGAUGAGAAUUUAGGAGAGUUGUAUGAUAAUUUCAAAACCAAUAAUGAGUUAAUAAUUGGAUAUUGCCAUUCGAUUGCGUUUGGAUGA